UCCUCAGUAAAGAAUUAAACGCGAUUCCGCGAGGUGCCCCCCUUUAGAAAUUACAUUGCGGGACACUGUAGUGUAUAUAUAUGUAUAUUGUACAGAUUCUAUUUUUGUACUAUUAAAAACGGAAUAAAUGACUUUUUUACGACAAAUUCGAUUGACUGAAAGUGACAAUACGGUCGCGACUGUUCGCGAAGAAACGAAAAACAGAUCGAUAUAGUAGAAAGUUAAAUUUUUUUUGUACACGGAUUAGGUAGGUUCAACAGAAUCCAACAUUACCGAUGGGUAGAACAGAUAUGUCAAAAACGCUGAACGCUUAUAGAAUCAAAAAAAUAGAAAAUAUUGGUAGAAUGACGGCCAUGACGCAGGAAGAAAUUAUGGCUGGUGCCAGAAUUGUGGCCCAGGGUCUGGAAGCUCUCCGUGUAGAACAUGGAGGACUUCUUCAGGCUUUGCAGACCCAGGAUGCGCCAGUCGCAAGAGACAAAGCUAGUUUAUUAUCAAAGAAUAUUGAGAUGAUAGAAUUAGGCCUUGGAGAGGCACAAGUUAUGAUGGCUCUUGCAAAUCACUUACAAAUGGUAGAGGCUGAGAAACAAAAGCUUAGAACACAAGUAAGAAGGUUGUGCCAAGAAAAUGCCUGGUUAAGAGAUGAAUUGGCUGGUACACAACAAAAAUUGCAAGCCAGUGAACAAGCACUAGUCCAGUUGGAAGAACAAAAGAAACAUUUAGAUUUUAUGGAAAGCAUGAAGCAGUACGAUCCUGAUCCUUCCGCGGAUGAUGAGAAUGCUAAAGACAGACCGCCAGAUGAUCCUGUGGUUGAUCUAUUCCCCGAUGAUGAUGCGGACGACCGAAAUAGUAAGUCAAUAUCACCGACACCGCCUUCACAAUUUGCACAACAAGUGAAUGCUGGAUACGAGAUACCUGCACGUUUGCGUACGCUGCACAAUUUGGUUAUACAGUACGCGAGCCAAGGCCGCUAUGAAGUAGCUGUUCCCUUAUGCAAGCAAGCAUUGGAAGAUUUGGAAAAAACUUCUGGUCACGAUCAUCCUGAUGUUGCCACAAUGUUGAACAUUCUUGCUUUAGUAUAUAGAGAUCAAAAUAAAUAUAAAGAAGCGGCGAAUUUGUUGAACGAUGCCUUGGCUAUUCGUGAAAAGACGCUUGGUGAAAAUCACCCUGCAGUCGCUGCUACGUUGAAUAAUUUGGCUGUUUUAUAUGGAAAACGGGGCAAAUAUAAGGAGGCUGAGCCGUUGUGCAAACGUGCUCUCGAUAUUCGAGAAAAGGUUCUCGGUCGUGAUCAUCCUGAUGUCGCGAAGCAAUUGAACAAUCUUGCGUUGCUGUGUCAGAAUCAAGGUAAAUACGAAGAGGUAGAACGCUAUUACUUGCGAGCGCUAGAAAUUUAUGAAGGUAAAUUGGGACCGGAUGAUCCUAAUGUUGCAAAGACGAAAAAUAAUCUGGCAUCGUGUUACUUGAAGCAAGGAAAAUACAAGGAUGCUGAAGUUUUGUAUAAACAAGUAUUGACUAGAGCACACGAAAAAGAAUUUGGUGCUAUUGCCGGCGAUAAUAAACCAAUUUGGCAGGUUGCGGAAGAAAGAGAAGAAAAUAAGCAUAGAAAUAAAGAGAAUACUCCAUAUGGAGAAUACGGAGGCUGGCAUAAAGCUGCUAAAGUGGAUUCUCCUACAGUUACAACUACCUUAAAAAAUCUUGGUGCAUUAUAUCGAAGACAAGGAAAAUACGAGGCUGCAGAAACAUUAGAAGAUUGUGCUCUUAGGUCACGAAAAGAGCAGACAUUGGAGUUCGUGAAGCAAGGAAAAGUUGCGCAGCUUUUAGGAGAAGAGAAAGGAUCGACGAGACGCGGCUCGCGAUCCAGUUUAGCUAAUAGCGAACACGAGCAACAUGACGAGGACCGGAAGUAUUAUGUUCGUGCGCAGUAAGGGAUACUACGUAAGAGAGCUAUACGCGAAACGAUACCGGCAGGAUAACACAAGGGCUCUGCAUUGUUUAGUUGAAACAUUGUUCGAUGUCCAUUUUAUCCGAAUCGUUUUACGUAUAACAGCACAUUCCAGCUGCUUUUCUCGAUUAAUAAGAUGCAUCGUAAAAGAAGUAUUUCAUGUUGCUGACGUUUUCAAUACGGGACGAUUUAAGACAUGCUAGCGACUGACUGUUUUUGAAAUAGCAAGGAAAAGAAACACAGAAUAUAAGGCGAAUUGGUAUAUCUUGCUUUGAGAAUGUAUCUGAAUCAAAAAUCGUAUUCAAGCCAAUCAUUUUUUUUUUUUUUUUUUUUGUUUUUGCGUUUCUAGACUUUUCAACAGAAGAGCAAAAGAUAUUCAUCGCUGCAAGCAAUUAUAUUAUUGACCUAAAAAGAAAAAAAAACCGUCAUGUAUUCAAUUCUUUCUUCGCAUUGUAUAGUAUACGCUAUUGGCAUCUACGUGCAUCUAAUCAAGUCGUAUACAUAUCCUUUUCAGUUUGGUUCAUUCAUACCAUAAUUGAAGUAACGUGACAAUGUGUAAUCAUUCCACGAGUUCUAGCUUCUCUUUAUCAAAGUUCGAUAAAAAUCAGAUGAAAAAAAGCAUUCACAUUUACAAACAUAGAAGGAACAUUUGUAUGUCGCUUAGCAUUAUUGAAUGUAUUCCUACACAUCAUACACAGAGAGACACACAUACACCGUGCACGUUAGAAUAAUGCGAGUAUAUUCAUCGUCAUAUUAAAAGAGUGUGUAACAAGCUAGAAGGGGGAGAACUGCGCUUUCCCUUUCAUUUUUGUCUCUCGGAAUUUAUUUAUGCGGAGAAUAACGUAUAAACAAUAUUUGGAAAAGAUUUAUCUUUCCGGCCACGUUGAUUUCUCCGCCCUUUAUUUAUAAUUGUACAUUUAAGUACUUAUAUAUUAACGUAUUCGCAAAUAUUUAAUUUAUUCUCUCUGCGUUCGAUCCGUUGUUUAAACGACGAUACAGCAGUACAUACGACGAUCAGUGCAAGCAUGAUGAUUAUUAUACAUAUAUUGUAUUAUAAGAUCGUAAUUAUUUAAAUUAUUUUGAAGAGAAAGAAAGAAAAAUUUCAUUCUUUUCUUUUUUUCUGUAGUCACUUUUAUUAAAACGCGCAAAAACGAGAAUUCGUCUUUUGACAAAUUUGUAUAUUCCGCUUUAAACAUCGUAUGCUUUUAAAAGCCAAGAAUCAUAUUGUAACCGGCUGUGAAUUAAAAACUGAGUCUGAAAUUAUUUGAUCGUUUGAACAGUUACGACGACGCAGAAUGAUGAUCGUUUGAAUUAGUCGAGUCCUUAGUAGAUUUUAUCUUUGUUCAAGUUAAAGAUCUCACGUUUCUGUUUCGAACAUAAUAUUGCUGAUUUAUAUUGUCUGACAGUACAUUCAGUUACUCUGGUGAUAUGGUUUGCUCUAACCACUCGUUGAAUACAAGCAUGGAAAUCAUUAUUGCAAUAAUAAUUAAUAAUUAAUUAAUGUUGUAAUUAUAAUUGCUUCCAUAGCACAGUUGUUGAUGGAAAGCAAUUAUAAUUGUGCUUAGAAAUAUUGUGACAGAAAGUAGCGAGAGUAAUCUGUUAUGAGAUAUUUCCAUUAUUGCUUGAUAACAACGAAUGAAAUAAUCUUGCAGAAUGUUACCGAUUAAUUAUUAUAUAAUACUUGUUGUAUUAGAAUAACCAAACAAAAUGAAGAAAAAAAGUAACUUUUUACAAUGGCUGCUUGCUUGUUCAAUAUUCUUCUAAUAUCUAAACUAUAUUCACAUGUAUAUGUUGAAUAAUUAAGAAAAAGUUUAAAAAAGAAAAAAAAAAUUCGCUUAUGAACAAAAAUAUAUGUAACGUGAGUUCCAUUGGACUGGCCUAGUUCAAAAGAUUUAAGAUUGCACCUCGAAAUAUCGGUGUAUAUUAAUCAUUUACAGUCGUAGCGAUGAUGAUGGUUCGUUUUCGAUUACGUGCAAUUGCCGAUCGCGAGGCGAGGUUUCAUUUUUUAUUCGAGACUACGGAUACAAUCUCGGUAUUUAGUUUUGCGUCCAUCGAUGAUGAUUCUUAGUCGUUUUUUAAGUAAUCAUUUUUCCCCUCUAGCGUUAAUUUUCUUCAUUCUCAUAGUACAUGUUUUUAUUUGAUUUUCAUGUGUGCUCUCAUUACCCUGAAAAAAACAUGCAUUUAUUGAUAUACGCUAUCAUAUUCUGCGCCUGAGAGCUUGAAGGCCUAGAAUUAGUAGUUUUUAUUCAGCUUUAUAUCUUACAUUUUCUUUUUAUAAUUGUCUCUAAUGGAGAAAGAAAUGCUACUUACUUUUCUAUAUUUUAAUUAGCACUAAAAUAGCGCAUUUAAAAAGUAAUUUUUCUACAAUACCAAAUUCUGAAUUUUAAUGAAGUUUUUAAGUGCAAUCAAUGUGCAAUUAAAUUAAGAUUCUUUAUAUAAAUUUGCACUAUAUAUGUGUAUAUGUAUAUGUAUAUCACUUUAAUUUUUACUAUAAUUUUUGAA